AUGAGCUUUCGGGAUCUGGAAGCAGGAAGGGGCUCGGGUUUUUCAAGGCGUGACAUCGUCAAUGGCAAGCAGGACCCGACCCAAGCCGUGGCCUCAGGCAUUUUCCAGAUCAACACCGCCGUAUCCACCUUUCAGAGGCUCGUCAACACCAUCGGUACCCCCAAGGACACGCCCGAGCUCCGCGAAAAGCUGCACAAGACAAGACUACAUAUUGGUCAAUUGGUGAAGGAUACUUCAGAAAAACUUAAACAAGUUAGUGAAAGAGAUCAUCAUACUGAAGUCAAUAAGGCUCAACGGCUUGCAGCUGAGAGAGAAACAGCGUACGCUCCUUUUGUUCCCCAAGCAGUUCUUCCGUCCAGCUACACUGCUAGUGAGAUAGAUAUAAGCUCAGAUAAGAGUCCCGAACAGCGUGCUCUUCUUGUGGAAUCUAGAAGACAGGAGGUCGUGCUAUUGGACAAUGAGAUUUCCUUCAAUGAGGCUAUCAUCGAGGAAAGAGAACAAGGAAUACAAGAAAUCCAGCAGCAAAUUGGUGAAGUGAAUGAGAUUUUUAAAGAUCUUGCUAUAUUGGUUCAUGAGCAAGGAACCAUGAUUGAUGAUAUAGGCUCCAAUAUUGAGGGUGCCCAUGCUGCUACUGGCCAGGCAAAGUCCCAACUUGUUAAGGCCUCAAAGACCCAAAGAUCAAAUUCAUCUCUGAAAAGAGGCCACAGCCAUUUACAAACAAAGCCUAAGCACGAAAGCGGUAGGCGAAGAACACAAACUGUGAGGGACAACCCCGAAACCCAGAACACAAACCAACAAACCCCACAACGAGGCAAACAAGAAGGAACCAAGGGACCAGGGUUAGCUUGGAAUACCCCAGUUCUAAGCAACCUGUAA